AUGGCACAUUGCCCCACAAAUGAGUACUUUGAUAACUUGCUGCUCUCUUGCACCCCUUGCCAUCUCCGCUGUUCCAGCGCGCCGCCGCCGUCCUGCCAGACCUACUCAGGGUAAGUUUUGCUCUGUACUGAUUCGAGUGGAAUCGUUUGGACCUGUUUGGUCUUAGGAGUAAUUUUGGUCCUCACUCUGUUUACCUUAAUGGUCUUGUUUAAAUGGAAGCACCUAAAGCAACUCAAAGAAAGACUGGAAAACACAGACUCCUCUGUGGAGCUGAAUAAUAUUCUCAAGGCUAAUACUGAGAGCAGAGUGAACACAGAAGGAAUUAGACACUCACUUCAAAGGGAAACAUUAAUGUAUCCAGUGGAAGAAUGCACUUGCAGUGACUGUGGUUUGGUAAAACCUCAGACUGGCUGUGAAACUUCAUUUCCAUUGCCAGCUACUGAAGAACGAGCUACUGUCCUAGUUACCACAAAAUCUUUUGAUUAUUGCAACUAUGUUCCGGGGAUUGGAUGUCUGUGA